AUGGUCAUCGUUUCAGCGGCAGUGGCAUCCCUGGCUGCGGGCAAUGCGUUUUGCCUCUACCGCUUCCUUUUCGCAAGGCAAUAUCAUGCCUGGAAGUUGGAGACCGCGGCGGACUUACAGGCUUUGGUGCUGCCAUCUUUCCGGUGUCCGAUCAGCCAAGAAGUCAUGCGGGAGCCGGUCGUCACGUGCGAUGGCCAGACCUAUGAGAAACAGAAUAUUCAGGAGUGGUUUCGUCGAGGAACGCAAACAUCGCCCCUCACGAACCUGCCGCUGGACUCAAAGGAGGUGGUGCCGAACCUGGCGCUGCGACAGGCCGUGGCAGAUUUCAACACCAAAGUGUGCCCAGUGCUGCGAGAGGAAUUUGAGAAUCGGAAGCGCUUGGAGAACCGAGUGGAGGUGCUGCUUCAACGCGAGGUGCAGCUUCAACAGGAGAUUGCCGGACAAGACGGCCGACGUGAUGAGGCGAUGCAAGCCUUCCUGGACUCUUUGGAAGAACGAGAGGCAGAGGUGGUGGCUUUGCGCAAAGGCAAAGAGGAAGUCCUGAAGGACAUGGAGCGGCUCCGCCAAACACACCAGGAAGAGCUGGUUCAACAGCAGGAAGAGCAGAACAAGGCAGUGGAGCUCGUGGAGGCAGAGAAGCAGGUGGUUUUGGCAAAGUCUAAGGCCGAAGCUGAUUCGCUGCGUCGACAGCGGGACAAUGCGGUGAGGCGCGUGGCAAAGAGAGUUUGA